CCUUUCUCUUCUUCCACCACCAGCGCGUAAUUCAUUCUGCUCCCUUUCCGUCCCCUUGUGCUGGAUUGUACUCAGGCUCUUCCUUCAAUGUCUGCAGAGUGGCAUCCGUCAUCUUGGAAAUCAAAAUCGAUUGCCCAGUACGUCGACUAUCCCGAUCCUGAUAAACUAUCGAGCGUACUUUCGAAACUGGAGCAAUUGCCUCCGCUGGUCACGCCCGCAGAAGUCGAACGCCUCCGAUACCAGCUAAGUCUCGUACAGCGGAACGAGGCGUUCCUCUUGCACGCUGGCGAUUGUGCAGAGAGUUUUGACGCCUGUACCCAGCAAAAUAUCUCCGCCAAGAUCGGUCUGAUUCUUUCGUUCUCUUUGAUCAUCAUUUGGGGAGCACGUCUUCCAGUCGUACGAAUUGGGCGCAUUGCCGGACAGUAUGCUAAACCGAGAAGUAGUCCGACUGAGAUCAUUAAUGGGAAAAAGGUCCUGAGCUUCAGAGGGGAUAAUAUCAACAGACUCGAUCCAAAUGACCGCACUCCGGACCCUCAGCGUCUCUUAAGCGCUUAUUUCCAUUCGACUGCAACGCUGAACCAUGUCCGUGGAUUACUAACCUCCGGAUUCGCCUCUCUUCACCACCCGAGGGACUGGUCCUUCAAUCACGUUAGAUCACUGGCACUUAGAAAGGAAUUCGAGUUCAUCGUCGAUGGUCUCUCCGAUGCACUCGACUUCAGCAGGACGAUCGGAGCAGAGAGAUCAGCUCCAUUCGAGCACGGAGGCGGGAGAGGAACCGUCGGCGAGGUCGACUUUUAUACGAGCCACGAAGGUUUGAUGCUAGACUAUGAGGAAGCCUUGACUCGACCAUCCCCAUCGGGAUCCGGUUAUUACAACACUUCAGCGCACUUCCUUUGGAUCGGAGAUCGUACCAGACAGCUUGACGGCGCCCACGUUGAGUAUUUUCGUGGAAUUCGUAAUCCGAUUGGGAUCAAAGUCGGGCCGUCGAUGGCUGAUGAUGAGCUGGCGGAACUGCUAGAUGUUGUUAAUCCAUCCAAAGAUCUCGGGAGGAUAACCCUGAUCUCGCGGUAUGGCGCAGAUAAGAUCGAUGCUCACCUACCAGGCCAUAUAGAGGCCGUGAAGCGGUCAGGCCAUCCUGUCAUCUGGAUAUGCGAUCCUAUGCAUGGAAAUACUCUCACAUCGUCGACAGGUUAUAAGACUCGCCACUUCAGCGCCAUCAUUGGAGAGAUCACAUCCUGCUUGAGGAUCCACACAUCGUGCGGUAGUCGGCUAGGUGGUAUCAGCCUCGAGUUCACUGGUGAGCUGAAUGAUGAGGGGUUCAGCGUUACUGAAUGUCUUGGUGGGAGUAUGGAGCUGAGUGAGGAGCAGCUUGGGCUGAGAUACCAGUCUUUCUGCGAUCCUCGAUUGAAUUUUGAGCAGAGUCUGGACGUCGCUUUUCUUCUGUCAAAUCAUUUCAAGAAGGAAAGACGGGGAAAGCAGGCCGGAACUGAUCAUGAUGUUCUUUACUCUGAACUGGGCGGGAGAGGGCCCCAAGUUUGAAAUAUUAGUAUCAUGUCG